GAUUUUGAUUUUGAUUUUGGUAUAAGCCUUUUGGGUGGAGAGAUUUGGACCUCAAAAAUAUUGUCUGGUUUGCAUUCCACGCAAGUUCCAAUUCUCUUCCUCUCACUAAAGUUUCAGGUUUUCCGUCUAUUUAAAUAUUUCAUAAGAUGUUUAACUGAAAAGGUUUCUCAAUUUCCCAUUUUGCUGGAUACCCAUUAGAGCUCCGUUGGUGUUUACUAGUGGGCAUCUUUAAUUUUCGUUAAUCAAACCCUCCAACAGAUCAAAAUAAAUUAAUUUUUCAGUUGGGUUUUGGUCAAUUUCUUCAAGGGUUCUUGUUCCAGAAAGAAUGGUGGGGGCUUUAUCUGUGGUGAGUUCAUCAAUGGUGGAUUCGCAUACUAGUAUGGCCGUGAAGAGCUGUGGAGAGUUGAUUUCACAGAGGAGCUCAAUAAAGAGGAAGAAUUUGACAAGGCCUGGGUCAUUGGAAUUGGGAAGUUCUUUUCUGGAUUCAUGGAAUGGUUGGAGGCUUUCGAGGAAAGUAGUUCAGGCCAAUUGGAGUCCGAGAAGGCGGCGGAGAGAUCGGAGGCUUAUGGUGGCGAAUGAGUUGGCAGGACAGUACGAGGAAAGUUUUGAGGACGUUAAAUUGCAAAUCCUCAACUACUUCACAUACAAAGCAGUAAGGACUGUUCUUAACCAGCUCUACGAGAUGAAUCCAACACAAUACAGGUGGUUUUAUGAUUUUGUCGCAACAAACAAGCCUGGUGACGGGAAGGGUUUCAUUCGUGCACUUGGGAAGGAGAAACAUGAGCUUGCUGAGAGAGUGAUGGUGACGCGGCUUCAUUUGUAUGGAAAGUGGGUUAAGAAAUGUAAUCAUGGCGAAAUAUACCAAGAGAUCUCUGACGAGAACUUGGAGUUGAUGCGCGAACGGCUCAUUGAGACAGUGAUAUGGCCAUCAGAUGAUUCAACCACAGAGAAGAUUGGCUGAAGCAUUCCAACCUGCAACUUCUUCUUUACCUGGACUUCCUUUUGUUCCACUUGCAUCAGGUGUUUGGCAUCAAAUAACUUGGUUUUAGAGACAGUCUUCUUUAUUAUUUUUCACAAGCUAAUAAGAAUUCUCAAGCGUAGGUGUAAUGUAAACUGUAUAUAGAUACCCAACCUGUCAUUAUAGAUAUUUCAAUUUGGAAUGGAAUUUUUGGCAUAGCUCAGUGUAGGUUGAUGAAAUAUGAGCUCCA